UUGGAAGAAGCGGGUUCACCAUUUCGCGAAGUAACUCGUGUUCUGUGUUCUCUACCUUAGCGUCGAUUAUUCUUCCGAUCCUACACGCAUCCUCCUCUCUUUCUCUCUCUCUCUCUCUGUCUCUUUCUUUCUCUUUCUCUCUCGAAUCCUUGAUCGUGAUACACGCGGAUCGCAGCGGAUCGAAGGAUAAUUCAAGGGUUUACUGCCGAUCCAUUCCGGAGGGAACCGCGGCGAACAUCGUUAUUGAAAUAAUGAAGAGAGAAGCUGAUGCAGGCGCUAUGACAGGUUCUGGAGGACCGACAAGUCCUCACAAGCGUUACAGACAGGGUGACGAUGAACUUCGUCUUCUGAUCCCCAGCAAGGUAGCCGGUUCGAUAAUCGGCAAGGGUGGCCAGAAUAUCACCAAACUGAGGAGUCAGUACAAAGCCUCAAUCAUUGUACCCGAUUGCCCCGGACCCGAACGGGUGCUUACCAUCAGCUCGGAUCUGCCCACCGUACUCCAAGUGUUGAACGAGGUCGUACCUAAUCUCGAGGAGGUGAGUGUUGCUACCAGAAGAGGAUCACACGGGAAAAGAAAUGACUCAAUCAAUGGGUCUCGACACGGGAGCGACGAGAUCGACGUGCGCAUGCUGGUGCAUCAGAGCCAAGCCGGAUGCAUAAUCGGCAAGGGAGGUUUAAAGAUCAAGGAGCUUCGCGAGAAAACUGGGGCAAGGAUCAAGAUUUAUUCUCACUGCUGUCCUCAUAGCACUGACCGGCUGAUCAGCAUCUGCGGAAAACCGACCACGUGCAUCGAGUGCAUUCGUGAGCUGAUUGCUACUAUUAAAACCGUGAGUGAUGGAUGGGGUAUGCAAGGAGGCGCGCCAAACGGUUUGGGUGGCGGUGCUAACUCGGGAAUGAGCGGCCCACCUAUGGGUGGCAAUAAUCAAGGAAAUCAGGGCAACAUGGGUGGAAAGACCACUACUCAAGUCACCAUUCCUAAAGACCUUGCUGGGGCAAUUAUCGGCAAGGGAGGCGCCAGAAUUCGAAAAGUAAGAUCAGAUAGCGGUGCUGGAAUUACUAUAGACGAACCGUUGUCUGGCAGUAACGAUCGCAUUAUCACUAUAACCGGAUUACCCAGUCAGAUACAAAUGGCUCAGUACCUGCUUCAGCAGAGCGUGCACGAGAAUGCAGACCAUUAUUAGGACGUGGUGUAAAGAGGAAGCAUUCGGGGGGAGCCAAAGAUGCGUUUAUAAUUUUUUUAGGGAUACUUCUUCGCGCGGAAAGUGGAGACCGAUUAAAAGCGACGAGAACUUUUUCAUCGAGAGAGAAAAAAAAAAAAAGAAACAAUAUAAUAUCACACACUUGGCGUUUCUCCUUAUGCGUUGCAAGACCAAAAAAAAAAAAAAAAAAAGAGGAAAAGAGGAAAAAAAAAAUAAGGGAAGAAAUUUCCUAUAUAAAUAUUAAUCGGUCGAAGCAAAAAGCAAGGAGAGACAGUCUACUCUACAGACUUUUUCCAUUCGAUUCUACGGAUUUAUGAGCAAGAAAAUGCUCACCUGCCUGCUUUCACGAGUCGAGAAACAUGGAAUUGGCAUUCGAGGAGCAACAUCCUCGUACAAGAAAGGCCAAAGAACAGCACUAUUUCUACGCCUGAGAUCGUUCUCGAUCUUACGCAUUUUUUUCUCUUUUUUUAGUUGUUUUUUUUUUUCCCCCAAUCAUUUUAUAUCACGUGCUUUUCUCCACAGCUCUGGACGAGCUUUGAUAUGAUCAUUUUUUUCUUCUUUUAUUUCCCAUUCGUUUUAUUUCCUUUAUUGUUUUAACUAAUCCCCCCCAAAAGAGUCCCUAUCGAAACGCACAUUGUUCUCUGUUCCCUCUUUUCUUCGCUGUUUUGCUGCGGAAACAUUACGAAAUUUGUUCUUUUAUUCGUGGCAAAUCGUAAAAAAAAAAAAAGAAAAAAAAAAGAAAAAAAAAAGAAAAAAAAGAAAAGAAAUUCAUGAAUUUUACAUGUUCAAGUUUCUGACAGCUGAAGGUGAAAGAUCGAAAAGUUUAAAAUAUCAAUGGAAAAAUGUAGCGAUAAAAUCGAAGGAAGGGAGAGAUUAUCGAGUGAUGAAUUGAAAACAGAAACGACGAGAGAACUAAAUCUAUAAAAAA